CCUGUGAUUUUUCAGUGAUUGUUUUUCUGACAGGUGAUAUGCCUUUUUUCCGGCACUUAAAAUCGACUAAUUUACGAGUGAAUGCAAACAGGAGAUGAGAAAUGCGUCCCCCGCAAGGUAGACUCGUCCAUAUAAUGCGUACAAUCCCGGGAUUUCCCUUCACAUUUGAAGUGCUCCUGUUGUGUCUGAGUUAAGCGGUGUGACAUAGCGGCAACACAAUAAUGCUACCUGCAAUUAUCUUAUUCCACUGUUUGUGUGUUUUUCACAUCGUCACAGUAUUUGGAUCCAGCAGCCUGACAUUUCUUGAUCAUCAAGUAGUAGACCUACUCAGCAACAUAGACUGGAUGAACAACACUGAUGGUCCUGGCCUGAUUCCUGCACAGGGAUUUCUCUCUUCUCCUGCUUAUCUCUUUCAAGAUUCUCACAGAAGUGUUCAACUAGAUUCAAUCCCAUUAGAGAAAUCAUUAAAACCAUUAGUGUUGCAAGGGAAUAUGGAGAUUACUAUACUUGCUGUAGUGAAACAAAAGAUAGGAAAUGUUGGCAGUAUAGUCACAUUGUGCUCUGGACAAAAAAGAAUAUUUGAAUUACAGUCCAGUGGCAGGAAGGGUGAAAUUCGUCUGCGGUAUUUACAUAAUAAUAAUACAGUCCACAUUGAAACAUUCCCAUAUCAGCUUGCAGAUAACAAAUGGCAUAAAGUGGCCAUAGCAGUCAGUAGCAAUGAAGUGACAGUGCGUAUUGAUUGCAUUAAUACCUUCCAAAGAUUAAUCCCAACUAUAGACUGGACUUUGAAUAAAGAUAAGCUCAAAGUAUGGAUAGGCCAAAGACGCCGUAAGCAUGCUGAAUUUAAGGGUAUAUUGCAAGAUGUGAAGAUAGUUUCAGGACCUUAUGGUUAUUUAGUACAGUGUCCGGAGGCAGACACAGCCUGCCCGACUUGUGGCCAGUUUGCAAAACUAGAAGAAAUGGUACAAAACCUUUAUAACCAUAUAGAGCUCCUCAAUGCAAAGUUGAUCUCAACAGAGAAGAGACUGUCUGCCCUGGAAGCUUGUGAUUGCUCCAAGAGCUGCACAUUUGAAGGGAAGAAAUAUGAAGCUAGUGCAGAAUGGGAUGUGAAUUGUACAACUUGCCAAUGUCAGAAUGGUAAAGUGGAGUGCAGACCUUUGCCGUGUCCAGCCACCAAUUGUAAACAUACAGUGCUACAGGGAUGUUGUCCAGUCUGCUUAAAAGGUUGUAAGUUCCUAAAUGUGUCUUAUGACCACAACGAAACUACUUGUCCUGGAAAAAAUAAACAUUACGUGUGCAAAAAUGGCAUAAUGAAGCGGAAUCGUCAUGGGAAGUGCCCAGAGUUAGAUUGUCCUGAGGAAAACCAAGUGUACGUUGCAAAAUCUUGCUGCAAGAUAUGCAAAGAUAGCAAUUACUGUAAAAAAGGAAACAAUUGCCAUGGCAACGCCACUUGCAUUAACCUAAAGACUCGCUAUGAUUGCAAGUGCAAUGCAGGAUUUGUUGGCGAUGGACGUCAUUGUGAAGACGUUAAUGAAUGUUUGAAGAAGGGUGGCCAGGAUGGAAACCAUUGUGACUCAGACUCCACCAUUUGUGCCAAUGUCCCAGGCUCCUAUGUGUGCCAAUGUAAAGCUGGAUUCACUAGAGUGAAUGAAUACAACUGCAUAGAUAUAAAUGAGUGUGACAGUGGACUUCAUGGCUGCCAUGACAAUGCCAUCUGCAAGAAUUCCAUUGGCUCUCACACAUGUGAAUGUUUGCCAGGAUACAGUGGAGAUGGAUACCUUUGUACUCCAAUCUGCAGCAUUCCUUGUGGAAAUAAUGGUACUUGUGUCAAGCCUGACCAGUGUCAGUGUAGGCCAGGUUACGGGGGACAUGACUGUCAGCAAGAUUUGGAUGAGUGUGUCCUAGGCAUUGCCAACUGCCCAAGCUCUUCUGAGUGUGUCAAUCUCCCAGGCAGGUACUACUGUAAGUGUAAGGAGGGCUACAAGACCAUACAUGGACACAGCAAAGAUGGAGAUUUCUGUCAAGAUUUGAAUGAGUGUGAAGGGGAAGGGAGUGGUCACACAUGUCACCCCAAUGCACUGUGCAUUAAUACACUGGGUGGUUACUACUGCAACUGCAGUGAAAACAGUGUGUCCAAGUGUAACAACAGCUGUUUGUACAAAGAUGUGGAGUAUGCCAGUGGAACGAUGUGGAAGGCAGAUGAUGAGAGAUGUUCCAUGUGCUCCUGCAAGGAGGGUGUUGUGAGGUGCAACAUUGUAGACUGUGACUGUAAUAGCAAUUAUGUUGAUCGUGACUGUUGUCCACAGUGUGAUGUCAACUACCAGUGUAUUGACCUGGACAUGGGGCGUAACUACACUAAUGGCCAAAGAUGGUUUGAGGGCUGUGAAGAAUGCGAGUGCUUGCAUGGAGAAAUUGAUUGUUGGCCUGUCAAAUGUCCUCCUCUACCUUGCCAACAAGCACGACAGAGCAAAGAGGACUGCUGUCCAAAAUGCCUAGAUGAUAAAAACAGUGAUAACAGAGUAAUCCAAGAUCCUUGUGCUGAUGUUGGAGAAGUCCCACUAUGGAACAGUGUUUGCACAUAUAAUGGUUUGACUUAUCAACACGGUGACAUAUUUUGGUUGGCAGACGACCCAUGUGUCAGUUGUGAAUGCAAG